AUGGUUCUCGCCCACAAAAACCAAUCCCAGGCCAUAACAUUAUCGUUAAGACACCAAGCCCAAGCUGAUAUUAACCCCACCAUCACCUGCUUUUGCCCAUCUUGUCACCGUACCCUUUCUAAGUCUAAACUCACCAUACGAUGUCUUCCCUGCCAAACACUGACGAGUUCUCCGACAUCUCAUCCCUCUACGGCCCAGGCAUCCUGGUACUGCCUCCUAGCCUCCGUUACCAUCACCUGGCUCUUCAACCACAACCAACACGGCAAAGACACCUUAACCAACGAUCUAAUCGCAGCCCUUGCCUUCCCAGCCGUGACAUCAGGCCACGCGUUGCACCUCAUCCUCUCCGCACCACCCUACCGAUGGGAACAAUACGGCUGCUUUGACGAGUCACUUCGAUUUCGCAUCUGGCUCGCGUGUCCCCACGACUUUGACACCGCGAGCAUCAACCGGUAUUACCGGGCGGUAGAAGCACCCCUGGCUGUGUGUAACCAGUUUGUUCAGCUGGGAAUCAUUCUCUUGUUUGCAGCUGCUGGGACACGCCGGCCUUGGAGCGCGUCUUGGAUCUUUUGCGUAUGGCUGCUGACCAUGUGGACGGAGUCGGUCAUGUUGCUGAAGGGGGGUGUUCGGCUAUUUUUCUACUACGUUCUGAUGUCAACAGCGUUUGCAUGCUCGUCACCUUGGCUGAAUUUCGUUGACAAGUUUGCGUGGGGAAUGAGGGGGGAUGGUUCGUCAAGUCGCAUCAUCCCAGCGCAUCGACUGGAUAUGUCUCGACUUUUAGACGCUGGCAAGAUCGGCGGUUUCCUGAUUUUACCUUUCAGUAAAUUCUUGAUUCGGGUCAAGGAUGUUGUCCUGUCGGUGUGGAGGUUUCGUGAUGUCAAAGGCCAUCAAGACAUUCUCCAAGAGUUUCAAGAACUGUGGUUCAGGCUGGCUUCGUGGCCCUAUCCUUCUUCUGUUUUAUGUGGCGAGCUUCAUUGUAUCAGGAUUAUACGCACAAAGGGCUCCGUUCCUGGCCCAGGGAGUGUCGUUCUACGGCACCAGAAGUCCAGCGGCGAUCACCGGCCUUGA